GUACGAUAUACGUACUCCUGGAGAGACAUCCGAGAAUAGUUCGUAAGUACUUCUCGUUCUUCUUUCAUAUCAUCUCAUAGACCUGUUUGUUUUCUGCAUUUAUUCAAUCUUAUUCAUAUCCUCGUUUAAUUUGUGCCCUUAUUUAUUUUAUCUCUGUCAAGGUUGUGUAGAAAGUUAAGGUGUGAUUGUUCGUUUUCUUUUCUUGUCUAUGUGUGAAUGUUCAUGCGUACAAUUUUUAGAUCUAGUUGGAUUUUAAGAUUUCAUUGAUUGCCGUUCGACAAGUGCGGUCGUUCUACCAGACAUGAGUUUGCUCACAUGAUAUGGAGAUGGUUUCUUUGGAAGCGGCCCAAAGUUUCCUGAGGAGAAAAAUAGGACAGGCUAGGUUUGCACAGGACGCUUGGACGACAUGGGAUCUUGAAGUUGUACACUUGUAACAUGAUUGAUGAGUUGAACGAUUGAAAUCUUAUCCUGUAAUCCUGAUAUAUUGAUUUGAAAAGUUGGGUCUUGCAGCAAUGGCGUUGGAUGUUGGUCGAUUGGCUGCUGACAAGGAGAUAGAUACUGAGCUCAAUGAUGUCCCCACAGAUGCACCUGAACCAGUUGAUGGAGGUUAUCGACAGAAGCAGAGUAUUCAACCGUUCUCUGAUGCAGACAACAUCUGCUUUCAAACUUUAUCCAUUUCUGACAGAACGGUAAAGCAAAAUUGUUUGAAACAGAAGCAUUUGAAGUCACAAUGGAUGCGUGAUUCACCCAAUGCAUCAUGGGGGAAGGAGGUCCGAUUGUCAGAGAAACAUUUUAGUAGAAAGUGCUUACAACAAGAAUGUUUGAAGUUCAAGGACAACGAAGAUGUCAGACAGCAAUAUAAAUUAUGGAAAGCGGAAGAUAAUGGUGGAAGAAAGGAUGUCUGGCGCCCCCCUCGGAAACUUGUCGGUGUUGUCACACAUUGCCCAGCCAGUGGCGGAUCCAGGAAAUAUGUUUAUUGGGGGAAUAAAUAAAGGUUAGAAUAGGGCUGUUAACGAGCCGAGUCGAGCCCGAACACCCAGAGCUCGAGCUCGGCUCGAUUCGGUAAUAGGAGUGUUCGGGUUCGAGCUCGAAACUCGGCGAGCUUUAAAAACGAGGAUCGUGUCGGCUCGGUAGCCGUGUCGGCUCAAUAUGUAUGCUCAAAUUUAAAAUUUAGGUUCAUGCUUUACAAAUGUGGUUCGAAUUAUUUGACAAGUAUUCAGUUCGUUAUUAAUCAUAUUUA